GUAGAAAGAGAUCCAAGUUUAGCAAAUGGGAACACAUAAAAAGAGGAACGUAGCACACAAAUGUUGGCUGUAAAGUAUACGAAUCAUUUUUGAACAACAACACUCAAAAAAAGAAAAAAAAAAUACAUUUAUUCUUUUCUCUGGCUUCAAACCAUAGCCUCCUCUUCUCUCUUCUUCGUUCGAAAUUUCCAACUACCAUUUCCUGUUUUUCCAUUUUUAUUACUAUAACAUAAAGAAAGACGAAGGAGAAGCAGAACCUAGUUCGCUUCGCCAUUCGCCUUUUUAGUCUACUCUGUUCGCAUUCAGUAGCAGCUUGCUGGUGUCCUUUCGAAAAAAGACAUGAAUUUUUCUAGCUCAAAUUUCCUAUUACUAACACUGUUAUUGAGUUAUUUGUUCAGUUUUUCUUUAAUUUGUGAAGCCGAUCCUCGGAUUUCAGAAGCUGGACUUGUCUGUGGUACGAACAGAACAUCACCAGCUGUGAUAAUUCCUCAGUUCGUUAAAUUAAUGGAAGUUGUUUCACAACGAGUACCGGAACACGGUUGGGGAAGUCACGGCGUAAAUUCAACAAAUAUUUCAAUUUACGCUUUAGCAAAUUGUUAUGAAGAUCUUCCUCGUACAGAUUGUCUUUUAUGUUACGCAGCAAGUCGUACGAGGCUACCCCGUUGUCUUCCUGGUAAAUCUGGUCGAAUUUAUCUCGACGGUUGUUUUCUUCGUUACGAUAUUUAUGAUUUUUUCAAUGAAACAACUGAUUCGAAAGAAGAUAAAGUGAAUUGUAGUAGCUCAAUUGGAUUGGCUAGUGGACAGGAAUUGGCCACGUUAAAGGUUACUGCUGGUAAUUUGAUUACAAAUUUGACGGGGACAGCGGUGGCGAACGGUGGUUAUGCGGUGGCGCAUUUGAACGGAGUUUAUGGAUUGGCACAGUGUUGGAAAACUGUGAGUAAAAAAGGUUGUAGGGAGUGUUUGGAUAAAGCAAGUAGAGAAAUUAAAGGAUGUUUUCCUAGUAAAGAUGCUAGAGCUUUAAUUGCUGGUUGUUAUUUGAGAUAUUCUACUCAGGAUUUUCUCAACGAACCAUCUCAGGGUAAUAGUAGUGGGGUAAGCAAAGGAGUUAUAGUAGCUAUUGUUCUUGGUGUGACAGCUUUAAUAAUGCUGGCUCUCUUUGUAGCUUACGCAGCUCGUAAAAGAUCAUUAACGCGAGAACGAGAACGCAUUAAUCUUGGAAAAAUAUCGAGUUCAUACAACAGAUCAAGCUUGAAUUAUAAGUAUGAAAAUCUUGAGAAGGCAACAAAUUACUUUGAUUCUUCAACUAAAGUAGGCCAAGGAGGAAAUGGUUCUGUAUAUAAAGGAACUCUGCCUAAUGGAAAUGUUAUUGCAGUUAAGAGAUUGUUUUUCAAUACAAGACAAUGGGUUGAUGAAUUCUUCAAUGAAGUUAAUCUAAUCAAUGGAAUUGAACACAAAAAUCUUGUUAAGUUGUUGGGUUGUAGUAUUGAAGGCCCCGAGAGCUUGCUCGUAUAUGAGUUUGUGCCAAAUAAGAGCUUGGACCAAUACCUCUUUGACAAGAACAAGAUAAAGAUUCUAAGUUGGGAAGAACGUUUCCAUAUUAUAGUUGGAACAGCAGAAGGCCUUGCAUUCUUACAUGGAGGUUCAGAAAUCAGAAUCAUUCAUAGGGACAUCAAGAGUUCCAAUGUACUUCUCGAUGAAAAUCUUGAAGCAAAAAUCGCUGAUUUUGGACUUGCUCGGUGUUUUGCAGCUGAUAAAACUCAUCUUAGUACUGGAAUUGCUGGCACAUUAGGAUAUAUGGCUCCUGAAUACCUAGUAAAAGGACAGCUAACAGAGAAGGCUGAUGUCUAUAGUUAUGGAGUGCUUGUUCUUGAAAUUGUUUGUGGCAGAAAAAACAUUGCCUUUGCUGAGGAUUCUGGAUCUCUACUACAAACAGUGUGGAAACUCUACACAACAAAUCAAGUUACUGAAGCAUUAGACCCUCUGUUAAAAGGCAAUUUUCCACCAAAAGAGGCAUCAAAGGUCCUAAAAGUGGGGCUAUUAUGCACUCAAGCUUCUGUCGCUUUAAGACCAUCAAUGACUGAAGUUGUCCAAAUGUUAACAUGUGAAGAUUAUCAAAUUCCAGAACCAUGCCAACCACCUUUCUUAAAUUCAAGUUUAUUAGCUGGCGGCUCUCUUAAAUCUAGCAUAAGAAGUUUAGUCUCAAGUACACUCUUUAAAUUAGAUGAAUCUUAUACCACUACUACAGGGACAGGGUCCUCUAGUAUACAAAGUUCAUCAGAUGGACCACCAAGAAGUGAUGAAUUUCUUCUAAAACAGUCUGAAAAUAGGAAAUAAGUUGAUUGAAAAAAAAAAAAAAAUUUUGCAGUGCAUUUUUUUUUGUACAGUUAUAGAACUAGUAGUGCAUUUUUGUGAUAUAAUUUGGAUUUGUUGGUGAGGAAUGAUACAAAAAAGUGUAGACAGAAGCAGAGCGACAUGUUUCGUUUUCAAAGAGUUGUGCGAAUUGCUAAAAGCUAAUUUAUUGUCCUGCCUUUUGUCAAUUA